UUCGUACACAUUUUUACGAACAGGUUUUGGAGCUCAGGCUGGUAUUUUGACGCCGGCCUGUCCGAUGCGUCUCACCAGCGACCGGCAUCGAGUCGUCCUCGCCACCCGGAACCAAAAACGCAUUAUGGUAGUCUGUCGUUUCCAGGUCGAUUGUAACUGCGGCAUUAUAUCUGAUUCGAUGGCAAAUAGCUGUAACUUUACCCUCCAAUGUGUGAGCCACACACUGUAAAACCAUAACAAGGUUUAAAAUCGGCAACGUUAACCAAGGAAUCGGAAAAGCUGUCAAUCAGGGGACACUUGGGGGAAGCACGGCGCGGCUGAAAUGGUAAAUAUCGUUGUCACUGCUGUUUGGAGGAUGCUCACCUUCUACAUGCCGGUGUGAGGAACGGAAAUGUGGUCUGAUGAGUCAUCUGUUCGUCGUGGCGAUGAUUCUGCGACGGUUGGUGCAGACAUCUCGGGGAAGCCGCGCGGUUUUUGAGCAAAAUAACGCACAACGACAGUUUACAGAACCGGACUCGUCUCUGUCGCAGUGUGGAUUCAGGUACUGAAACGACUGGAUGUCAUUUUGAGGUUGAAACCUUAGAAGAAAAAACCACAAUGCAUUCAAUCAACUCUUGACGUUUUAUACUCCCACACUGUAGAUAUCGUCAAGUUCAGCAGAUUCACGCAAACGGCGUCCGAGUCAUAGACAACGCGGCAUUCCAGUGAGACAAGUGUUUAUUCUGUGGUUGAAGGCAGCAAAUGUCGGCAGAGGCCUCCUUCGGGUUUUCUUCCCUUUUGUACCAAAACGUCACCACCAUCUGGUGGUGAAACGCAGUAGUGUAACUAUCUACCUCUCAGGAUUCACAUGCACGAGGACCCAACAACAGCAAAUCCGGAGAAAGCAACAGAAAUCAAUCAUCAUCAUUCCCGUUAAGAAAACAUAAUAUAAAUACAAAAAUAAGUGCAUGUAAACGUAAAUCAUAAAGUCUCGUUUAUGAAGGCGUGUCUGAUUCGCCACGUCUGAAAAACGAGAAUCGAACGACCAUUUUUAAGUUUAAACAUUCAUUGAGUUGCCCACUUGUUUAAUAUGUUUUACUCUUUAAACACAAAGUCAAAGUCAGUUUCUUGGGUCGGUUAUUGUUUGUUGUUAUAACAUUUUUAUUAAAGUGCAAACUUUUGCAAAAUACUAUUAUUAAUUCCCAUUAUUAUUAUAUAGUUAUAACAAACAGAUAUUGUUUUUUGUUAAGUGGUACACAUCCGAGCCGUGCUUGUCAGAGGGGGGCGACACCACGCGCCGCCGGGCGGAGGUGACAUUUGAUAGUGAGGUUGAAGGUCGUCUUGCCUCAUAGCUAAAAUGGAGGGAAAGGACUGGGAGGGGUUGGAGGGAUCGAGCAGAGAUUGAAUUUCAACGGGACAGCAUUCCCAAAAACAUUUUUCAAGACUGUCAACGUGAGGCGGCGAGGGACGGGAUCAGAACCUGCGUGAUCCCUGAGCGAACAACUGUAAGGUUGCCGUCCGACCUGGUCAGUCCAACAGUUUAUCCGGACCCAAAGUCACAGCCAAACAAGGAGUUUGUUUAUAUGACAGAUGGACGCGAUGACAGGGGACCCGAUGAGCCACAGCAGACGAACAAUGUGAUUCUCCAUCCCGCCUUUUAUCACUUAGUGAGUAAACCUUCUUGUAUUGCUAACUGGAAACUAACUUGAUCUUUGACAUCCAAAGUUGACCUUUUAAUACUAACAUCUCAAGAAGGUUUUGUUAUGCCAUGGAGGGUUUAUGCAAACGGACCCUGCAACAAAACCUCCAGCACCUCACAGCCGUUCUGAGACCAUCUGCUCUGAGACCGUCCACUGAUGGAACCAUCGCUCUGGUUUCAGACCGCGUUUGCUUUUAAGUCCAGUCGCCCCACGAGUUCUCAGGAGAGCGGUCUGCAGAUCCGGCCCGGCCUGCGACACCCGCAGGGAUGGACAGCAGCGACCCGCGAAAGGACGAAAGCGGAGGCGGCGGCGGCGGCGGCGGGAAAGAGGGCGGCGGGGAGAGCGGUAAGCUCCUCAAGAACCACCUCAACUGCGAGGAAAAAGGUGAGAAGGAGACCAAAGGGAACGGGACCGAGGAGAAGAAAGAGGGCCGGCGCUCCGGGUCCCUGCGGAGGAGUGGAUUGGCGCUGAGCGAGAGGGUGGCCAUCAACGUCUCGGGGAUGCGAUAUGAAACUCAGCUCCGCACCUUGGCCCAAUUCCCCGACUCCUUGCUCGGGGACCCCGGGCGCAGGUCGCGCUACUUCGACCCGCUUCGAAACGAGCUCUUCCUCGAUCGGAACCGGGCCUGCUUCGACGCCAUUCUGUACUUCUACCAGUCGGGCGGGAGGCUUCGGAGGCCCGCGAACAUCCCCCUGGACAUCUUCAUGGAUGAGCUGAUGUUCUACGAGCUGGGAGAGGACAUCGUGAACCGCUUCAAGGCGGACGAGGGCUUCCCCAAGGAGGAGGAGACGCCGCUUCCGUCGAACGAGAUCCAGAAAAAACUGUGGAUACUGUUUGAGCACCCCGAGUCGUCGUCGGGCGCACGCAUCAUAGCCAUCGUCAGCGUCAUGGUGAUCGUGGUGUCCAUCCUCAUCUUCUGCCUGGAGACGCUGCCCGAAUUCCGGGACGAGAAGGAGACACGGGAGGAGUAUUUUUACAAGUACCACUCCCAGGCGAAGAACGUGUCCGAGAACAUGCCGCUCCCGCAGAGUGUUUUCCACGACCCCUUCUUCCUGGUGGAGACCAUCUGCAUAUGCUGGUUCUCCUUCGAGCUCUUCGUGCGCCUCGCCUGCUGUCCCAGCAAGGUGCGCUUCUUCAAGGACGUCAUGAACAUCAUCGAUUUCAGCGCCAUCCUGCCCUAUUUCGUCACUCUGGGGACGGAGCUGGCCAAGGACAACGACGCCUCCCCGGCCACGUCCUUGGCCAUCAUCCGAGUCAUCCGGCUGGUGAGGGUGUUCCGGAUCUUCAAGCUGUCCCGUCACUCCAAGGGCCUCCAGAUCCUCGGGCAGACGCUGAGGGCCAGCAUGCGCGAGCUGGGCCUGCUCAUCUUCUUCCUGUUCAUCGGCGUGAUCCUCUUCUCCAGCGCCAUCUACUUCGCCGAGGCCGACCACGCCGACACGCACUUUGUCAGCAUCCCGCACGCUUUCUGGUGGGCGGUGGUCACCAUGACGACGGUGGGCUACGGCGACAUGUACCCGGAGACCGUGUGGGGUAAGUUGGUGGGCUCCAUGUGCGCCAUCGCCGGCGUGCUCACCAUCUCGCUGCCGGUGCCCGUCAUAGUGUCCAACUUCAGCUACUUCUACCACCGAGAGACCGAGUGCGUGGAGCACACCGAGUACAGUCCCGUGCAGGCGGGCGCGUGGGAAGACGAGGGGCGGGACGUGGAGGAAGAGGACGGAGACGCAGAUUAUUUUGCCGUUGAAGGCAGCUGCAGCCCUCUGAACGGGACGCUGCUGGAGUUCGGAGGAGGUGGGACGGGUCAGACUGAACCACAGGUCACUCAGGUGUGAGGAGGGAACGCAGCGUGAAAAAAAUGACGAGGUGAAUGCAGACAAAUGUAAUUUAAAAAUAUAUAGUAGAAUUAUAAAUAUAAUUUAUAUGCUAAAGUGCCAACUCUGUACUUUUUAUCGCCUCUUUUUAUUCUGACAGCUUUUUGUAUAAUAUCGAGAGUGAGUUUUACAUUCUCAGGGUCUUGAUAUAAAUAUGAUAUGAGAGGUUAUUUAUUAAUGCGAUCAGAGCUUGGGUUUGAAAAGAAAAUACUUUGUGAAAAUCUGUUCUGUAAGUUGAAACUUUAAAGUCUUAGUGAUGUCACUUCUUGGCUUAAUGUUUGACGUGGAAGCAGUUAGAAUAUUGGCAAAAAUAAAUGUCAGGUUUCCUCAAAACCAAACCGAACACCAGCAGAACUGUCGCUGCCUCGCAUGAGAGUUCUUGUAAACUAUUCUCAUUAUUCUUCUGUAAGCAAAUGUACAUGUUUGUGUAGUUUUGAUUCAUGCGGCCAGAAUCGAGUGAAAUAACCUUUGGCAUUAUCCCCGUUAAUGCUGUAACGACACAACGUUACAAACAAAACCUGUCGAUUGCUUUUUACCUGCUUAACUAUGCACCCAGUGUUUUUAAUAAAGAUUCCAUUUCUACUAA